ACCGGGCAGACCUCACCACUCUACCCGGUAACCACUACUGCCACACCCGCUGCGGAAGAUUGAAAAAUAACCCUUCUAAAAUAAACUCAAAAAACAACUUCACUUACCUUGUAUUUUAACGAGAUUACCGAGAGGAGUUGUGGCUGUCUCCGAGCCGUGUUUCGCGUCGCGACUCACCUCUGUGAGAAGUGGUACGGUCCCGUUAGUCGCAGCCUGAGUCCUGUUAGCUACAGCAGCAGUUAGCGGACACCGAGAAUCACCAACAUGCGGAUAAAUUGCACUUAAACCUGAAAACGGACUGUAUAAUGAACCUUUACCGGCUGGCUAUAUUACUGGGAGCGACAGUGUGUGUGUGCGAUGGCGUGCACGUCACAGUACGAGAGAAGCAGCGGUUUGCAAUGCUCUUCCAGUCCGUUGUCCUCCCGUGUCAGUACCAGACAUCAUCCACCCAGAACCCGGUGGUGCAGUGGUGGUACAAGUCCUACUGUCGAGACCGCACGCGAGAGUCCUUCACCGUGCCCGAGACUCUGGCCGUCCAGGCCUCUGAGCUGGGCGCCACGUCCCACCUGGAGUGCUCCGACAGCAGCCGCACAGUCCGGGUUGUUGCCUCAGCGCAGGGACAAUCAAUGACGCUGGCUGAGCACUACAAAGGCAGGGACAUCGCCAUCAUAAACAAGGCAGACCUGCGUAUCGGGGAGCUGCAGUGGGGCGACAGUGGAGUGUACUUCUGCAAAGUCGUCAUUGCUGAUGACCUGGAGGGGAAGAACGAGGGCCAGCUGGAGUUACUGGUGCUCGGCAGGACAGGUCAGCAGGACGAUCUCCUACCUGAGUUUGAUGUGGAGAUUAUGCCAGAGUGGGCGUUUGUGGGAUCUGUAGUCCUGGGCAGCAUCUUGUUCCUGUUACUGUUGGGGAUCUGCUGGUGCCAGUGUUGUCCUCACUCCUGCUGCUGCUACGUCCGCUGCUGCUGCUGUCCUGACACCUGCUGCUGUCCACGACACCUAUACGAGGCGGGGAAGAUGGCAAAGAGUGGACCGCCUCCUCAGGUUCCUGUGUAUCCGUACUACAUUCCCAGUGUGCCUGCUGUGGUUUCUGUGGCCCCUUCAUCCAACACAGACCCAAAGAUCAUCUCUAUCCCCUCAGUGGAGAAUAACCUGGCUGGAGUGCGCAGUGGUUAUCGAGUGAAAGCCAGUCCAGACCAGGACUCAAUGAAAGUUCUGUACUACAUAGAGAAGGAGCUGGCUCAGUUUCCAUCUGCCAAGAUGGCUGCACUCAAACCCAGCAGCCUAUCAGAGCUGAGCUCUCUUCACGAUGGAGGAACUACAGACUUCAGACACACCUAUCAGACGGUCCAGAUGAAGGCGCUCCCGCCCAUCGCAGACCUCGACGACCGGUCGGUGCUGAGAGCAGCUCCGCCCACACGCAGUCGAAGGCUCAGACCAGACAGACGCAACCAGUCAGAUGAUGAGCUGGACAGACGGUGGAACUGUAGCUCAGAGCACCUACAGAGGAAGACGUUGAGCAGAAGAGGGCGCACAGGCUCCCUGGACGAGCUGGAGGAUUUCGCCCGGUCUUACGACUCCAGAGGACGUCGGCCCGAGCCUCCAGAGCGGGCCUACGAGCGGGAUUACAGCCCUCCCAGACGUUUCUACAGAGAUGAGGAUGAUGGAUGGAACCGCCGCAGCCCCUCACCUUUACCACAGAAGAGAAGGGACACGUGGGACAGUGACCGCCCCGCCCGACCACCUCAAAGCCAUGGAUACGACGACGCCUACCUCAGCAGUGUGCUGGAAAGCAAAGCGAGGCGGGGAGGAGCCGCUGGCAGGCUGGACGAGGACAGUGACACUCCCUCUAAGGGCAGCUCCAGAGGAAAGGGCAGCAAUAGUUACUACAGCCGGUCUCCUAGCAACCGUCCAGAGGAGGAGGACCCUUUGCCACCGUACUCUGAGUGGGAGGCUGAGCGGUACCGCAGGGCUGAGCCGACUGCGGACAGGUACCGCACCGCAGAACCUCCCAGGUCAGAGCGAUACAGGACCACUGAACCAGCACCGAGGCCUUUCUGUUACACCAGGCCCCACCAGGGGGCGUCCCACACACUGCAGGGGGGCAGAGAGGAGCGAGAGAGAAACAGAAACCUGAGACAGCUCAGUUUCCUGCAUGGGUCAUCUUUCCAGCGGUGAAAUACAUCUUUAAAGGUUUAAGACACUGAUGAGGUAAUUGUUACAUCCCCAGCUGAAUGUAAAUGACACAAAAAUGACUUAAAAAAACUACGAACUACAUAUUUCUGACAUGUUUCAUUUGAUGAUGUACAUCUUAAGCAGGAACAAAAAGGCUCAGGGAGUCUGAAAGUCAUGAGCAUUGUGAUUGAUUUAGAUAUUUUCAUGGUAUUUGUUGACAAUGACAAUAAAAUAGAAUAACAUUAGCUCUGUUUUGACAUUUGAAAAUGUUUUACAGUAUUAUGUACAUAAGUUUACCGUCUUUUGUGCAAUGUACAUACAUGAUUCAUGGUCUUAACACUGAGGCAUUAUAAUAUAGCCCUGAUAUGAUCGUAUCUACGUAAAAGCAACUACAAAGCAUAUUUAUGAUUUAACUCAGAUACGUGCUGUAUAACCUGCCCAUGCUAACAACCAUCACGGUGUUACAGUCUCACAGUCACAACUACUAACUUCAUGAGCUUCUUGAUUUCUGUGAGCCGUAAUAACUCUCAGAGGCUGGACUAACCUUGCAUGCGCAUGACUCUCUUAACAUGUGGCCUCUUGGUGUAUUUCUUUAACAGAGCACUGCACUGAGCAGGGACUCUCUCAUAGUGUGACAAGGUUUGCCAGCCUCGACCCGCACAGCACUGCCAAUCUGUCCACCUAAACCGUCCUGUUGCCACGCAGGAGAGGCUAACUGUUCUGCCAUCAGCCACAUGAAGUCAUCUCUCUGAAAUAACUGCACCGACAAAAAAAAAACAAAACUAACAAACAAAAAAAAAACAGCAUUAGUGGAUGGAGAACGCUGUGCAUAAAGAAGCAUGUGCUGUUGUUUCUGUUAGUACUGGAUGUUUUUCAUUCAUGUGCAUGAAUUCUAGUCUUCAGAUGUUACGUAUGAGGUGUGUGCGUCAGUUUUUACUUGUUGAGUUUGAUGAUAUGAGUGACAGGAUUUACUUACACCAGUGCCAAGAUGUUUUUAUUAUUAUUGUUAUUAUUACUAUUAUUAUUAUCUGCCAAUUCAGAAUGGCCUUUUGUAAUACUCAGCAGUCCUAUGUUUUCUCACAGACAUCAUACUCAAUCAAUUCACUGCCACUCAGGUUCACUUUGUAUUUGUAUGUAUGUCUCAUGUUGAUAUUGUACUGUACCUUGAAUUUGUUUUGUUUUUUUAAUUGCACUGUAUAAAUACUUUUUAAAUAAAAAAAACUCUUAAGUCUU